GGUUUCUCCUCGCAAAUGGUGAAGGUUCGUAUUUUGGUGAUCGCCAUAUAUAAGCGUGAGAGUCAGAUCUUUUGGGUCGUCAGAAACUUCCAGGAGCUUCUACUGGGCAGCACGAUCAUGAAGACUUUUGCAAUCGCACUUCUCGUCGUGUGCGCUGCUGGUGCUUCCGCUCAGGUUCUUCUACGCAACUCCGAACCAGUGUACCCACCGAUCCCUUACCAAUUCGCCUAUAAAGCCGAGACCAGCGAGGGAUCUCACAGCCAGGAUGAGACCUCUGAUGCCAACGGUCGUCGCCAAGGCUCGUACAGCAUUUCGCUAGCCGAUGGGCGACAGAGAAGCGUCUCCUAUGUCGCUGAUGAGGAUGGUUUCCGCGCCGAGGUCAGUACCAAUGAACUCGGAACUGAGUCAAAGGAUGCCGCCGAUGCGAAGUAUUCUUCCUCGGCUAUCACUGGCAAAGAGGCUGCUAUUCAAUACGGAACUAUUGCCUCGGCGGACCAGAAGGUGAAGAUCGUUCAGGCACCUGGCCCCGCUGUAAAAAUCGCCGCUCCCGCACCCGCCAUCAUUAAAACCGUCCAGGCUGCCCCAGUAAUCAAGACGUACACCCAUGCUGCACCCAGCAUUGUAAAAACCAUCCAGACUGCUCCAGUUAUCAAAACGUACACUCAGUCGGCGCCUAUAAUCAGAACAUACACCCAGCCUGCGCCCAUUAUCAAAGCGUACGCCCAUGCUGCACCUACUGUGGUGAAAACCAUUCAGGCCGCCCCAAUCUCCUAUGCCGUUGCCCACACCCCGGUAUCGUACGCUCCUAGCCAUGCCGCUCCGGCUGGACCUUCCUUCAUCCAGUUCAAGUACGGAGACCACCCCAACCAUGAGAUCCAUCUCCACGAGCUUCACCAAAAGGCCUAAGCUUGUUCUAGCUAAUAGUUUCCUAACUGAUUGAUUUAUAUUCUUUGGUUUAAUGUUUUCCUCUCGCCUCUGCUUUUCUCUCAGCUCUGUUUCCUCUGUUGUUUCAAUUAUAAAUGACCGUAUGAUUUUUUAGUUAAUUGGAAUAAAUUUGUUCUCGUUAUUAAAAUGUCAA